GCAUUCUGUGUAAAUUAUAAGCUAACCUAAAAUGUUAUCUGAACAUCAUGCCUUUUUUUUUUUUUGUUUUCCUUGGAGGAGUUUAUGUAUUAUGAUUUGAAAUUUGAGUUUUUAUUUUCAUCCUAAUUCUCGUUUUGAAUUAGGUUCAUUCUAUCGCUAAGUUCGACUUUAAUUCCUAUAUAUGUGUGUUUUUCCCCAAAAGUGCCAAGUCUGCAGAGCAAAGCACGAUCAAAGAGUAGAUUCUAGCUAAAAAUGCAUAAAUGAACUAAAAAGUAAAAUUGUAUAUCUACACAAGAAUAUAUUUAGUGUUAAAAAAGGAAAAAAAAAAAAAGAAGAAAAAUCCUGGCUUAUACUGAUAUGUUAAAAGAUAAUACAAAGGUUUGAUGGCGUUUCUGGUUGCUGUUAGCUCGCCCAGUCCUCUUAAAAGAAGAGAUUUUGAACAACUUCUAGUUCCUUUUUCACGUUUUGGUAAGUUUAUGUACGCGAACCAAUUAGACGUAAUGAGUAAUCUCUGUCGUUUUGGUUUCAAAAUGGUAUCUUUCUGCUUAUAAGUAGGCUAUUCCUCCAUCCUGGACAAUAAUAUGCCACUGGAAUUUUAGUCAUCAAUUUGCUAGCAGCUGGUUUUGGUAUAGAUAUUGGUAUGUAUAUAGUGGCGUAUCCAGGAUUUUCAUUCAGGGUGUUCGGAAAAAUAAUUGAACCACUUGAGCUAGCCUUUUACAUUUGUUCAGGGUGUUCAAAAGUUAAUAUAUGUUCAAACAGGCUCUUAAUUGGUCUUAACUCUUAACUAAGUGAUUCGGGACAAACUUAGUUGUGUUCCUAAACUUUAGUUCAGUGUUGUGAAAGGCGAGCGCCAUCUCGCCAAAGGCGAGAGGCGUGGCGAGCUCACCUUCAAAAGGCGAGCCAAAGGCGCUAAUGGCGCCAAGGUGAGGCGCCACUUGUGGCGAGGCGACAAUGGGUAUUUAAAAAAAAAAAGCAAUUAAAAGUUGAAGACUUAAAUGAAAACAAUGGCUAGGGUUUUCUUUGCCUCUCUUCUCCUUCAAGCUUUUCAGCCUUCUCCAUCUAACUAGGUAGGAAUUUUAUAGAGAAUGGUGGCAGAAGAGUCAACAGCAUGUGUCUGGCAUGGCUAACGAUCCACCAGCGAGACUCAUAGGCGACUUCUCCGAGCAAAUUUCUGAUAAGGGUCCUUGAUAACAAUCUCCUUUUGCGGUGGUCUUGAAACAUAAGAGAGAAACAAAGUGAAAAAAGAAAAAGAGAUGCUGGGAUUUUCAUAUGGAGAGCUAUUUCUCAUGCUUGGCGCUACUGCUGCUGUUAUUGGACCUAAAGAUCUGCCAAUCAUUGCAAGAACAGCUGGCAGAUUUGCUGGGCGUGCCAUUGGUUAUGUUCAACUGGCCCGUGGCCAAUUUGAAAAUGUCAUGCAGCAGUCUCAAGCUCGCCAGAUGCAUAAGGAAAUGCAAGAAACCAUGGCUCAAGUAGAAGCCAUACGUCAUGAAAUUCGAACAUUCUCUUUUAUGAAUCCUGGUCUACUGACAACGAGGCUAGUAGACAACAUCAACGCUACAGCUGGGGCUAGCACGAUCACAAAUGGACCUCAAAAAUCUGAUGAAAAGAGAACAAUAGUUGAAAAUGGACCUCAAAAAUCUGAUAAGGAGAACAAAGCAGUAACUAUCACACCUAAGGAUCUUAAUUCAAGGAGCUCAGCUUUGUCAGAUAUGCACAGUCAAGCAGCUGCUUAUGCGAGAUUGGCAGAAAUGGCUCCUUUGGGACCUGUAUCCGUAGAUAGAGAAAGUCUGAGUGAACUGACUGAUGAAUCUGGCAGUAUCACUGUACUUCCUGUCUCUGCUGAGAGUGCAGGACUGUUGCCAAAAUGUAAAGAUGAAGCAAAGGGGUCCGACAUUGUCUUAGAAGCGAUACUGGAGGCAGAAGUGGCAAAGAAUGCCAAAGAAUUUUUCUCACAGCCACAAAACCAAUUACAAAGUGAAUGACUAGGUAUAUUGAAAGAACUUUUACACCAUUAGAAGGCGGUCAAGUGAGCAUGUCAGCAGUGGAUGAAAGAUUGCCGUGGAAAAGAUAGAUGAUUUAGGCCUAGUUAGAGUCUAGUUAUGGUUGAGUCUUUUUACCUCGUUUCUCAGAUACCAUUGCCCUCUCCCAACCAGCUGCGUGAAUAAAGAAGAGACAACAGCAUUAAACCUUUAACUGGAGUUUCCUCCCUUUCUUUGUUUCUUUUGCAUUGAUUUUCAUUUUUCCCUUUUGUGAAGAUUGUAAUUGUCUUUUCCUCAAUCAAUCUGAAGAGACAACAUUAUUAACAUUUUUCAGUGAUUGUGGUUUAAUUGAUAAAUGCACUCCCUUCUGCAAUCUAACCAAA